CAGCAAAAAAAUGGUUCUACUAAACCGUAAAGAUCAAAAAGGUGUGGCCGCCCCCCAUACAGGUGCUGCCUCUACCGAAACCAUCAAACAUGGUUGUCUGCCAAUCGGUUUACCGCAGCCAUUACAAAUGGAAGAAAAGAAAUUCCUGCUGGCUGUGGAACGUGGCGAUAUAGCAAAUGUACGCAGAAUCCUUCAAAAAGCCCAUCGCAAACAUCACAUCAACAUCAAUUGCAUGGACCCCUUGGGUCGGCGAGCCCUUACCCUGGCCAUCGAUAAUGAAAAUCUCGAAAUGGUAGAACUCUUGGUUAUUAUGGGUGUUGAAACCAAAGAUGCCCUGCUGCAUGCCAUCAAUGCAGAAUUUGUCGAGGCUGUGGAGUUGCUAUUGGAACAUGAAGAGCUCAUCUACAAAGAGGGUGACCUAUAUAGUUGGCAAAAAGUUGACAUUAAUACCGCCAUGUUUCCGCCGGAUAUAACACCUUUGAUACUGGCAGCUCACAAAAACAAUUUCGAAAUUUUAAAAAUUCUUUUGGACAGAGGUGCUGCUGUCCCCGUGCCGCAUGAUAUCAGAUGCGGUUGCGAUGAAUGUGUCCGCAUGUCCACCGAAGAUUCUCUACGUCAUUCCUUGUCUCGUGUUAACAUCUAUCGUGCCCUUUCCAGUCCUUCGCUGAUCUGCCUGACUUCUCAAGAUCCUAUUAUGACAUCCUUUCAGUUAUCCUGGGAAUUAAGGAAUUUGUCACUGACCGAACAGGAAUCUAAGACCGAGUAUGUGGAACUGCGAAGGCAAUGUCAACAAUUUGCCGUCGAUCUUUUGGAUCAGACUCGGACCUCUAGUGAAUUGGCCAUAAUGUUGAAUUACGAUCCGGAUAUGUCAACAUAUCAGCCCGGGGAUCGUAUGUCCUUGUCACGUCUAACCCAGGCGGUGUAUUAUAAGCAGAAGAAGUUCGUGGCCCAUUCCAACAUCCAACAAUUGCUCUCGGCCAUUUGGUAUGAAGGCUUGCCCGGUUUUCGCCGCAAAACCCUGCUGGAGAAAAUGAUUUGUAUUGCCCAGGUGGCGGUAUUGUUCCCUAUCUAUUGUAUGAUCUAUAUGGUGGCGCCCAAUUGCAAAACUGGAGAUUUAAUGCGAAAACCAUUCAUGAAAUUUCUCAUUCACGCCUCUUCGUAUCUUUUCUUUUUGUUUAUCCUGAUACUCGUCUCUCAGCGUGCCGAUGAAGAUGUCAUUCGUAUUCUGGGCACUGAACGUAUGAAAAAGCAGCUACUCGAAGAGAAAAUGCGACAACGUGGUAGGGGUCCAACAAAACUUGAGCUGUUGGUGGUGUUGUAUGUCUUUGGUUUCAUGUGGGAAGAGGUGCAGGAAAUCUUCAAUGUGGGCAUGAAAUGUUACCUGCGGAAUAUGUGGAAUUUCAUUGAUUUCCUGAGGAAUAGUUUGUACAUCAGUGUGAUGUGUAUGAGGACCUUUGCUUAUAUCCAACAGGCCCGCGAGAUAUCCCGUGACCCCAAGAUGGCUUUUGUGCCCCGAGAGCAAUGGGAUGAUUUUGAUCCGCAGCUGAUUGCGGAGGGGCUGUUUGCUGCCGCCAAUGUCUUUUCGGCCUUGAAGCUGGUCCACAUGUUCUCGAUAAAUCCCCAUUUGGGUCCAUUGCAGAUUUCUUUGGGCCGUAUGGUUAUCGAUAUUGUGAAAUUCUUCUUCAUCUACUCUCUGGUGCUGUUCGCCUUUGCCUGUGGCCUAAAUCAGUUGCUGUGGUAUUUUGCUGAUUUGGAGAAAAGCAAAUGUUAUGUCCUGCCGAAUGGAGAGGCAGAUUGGGCAGGGCACUCGGACUCGUGUAUGAAAUGGCGACGUUUUGGCAAUUUAUUUGAAUCUUCGCAGUCAUUGUUUUGGGCCAGUUUCGGCAUGGUCGGCCUCGAGGAUUUUGAGUUAACUGGCAUUAAAUCCUAUACACGUUUCUGGGGUCUUCUCAUGUUCGGCUCGUACAGUGUCAUCAAUGUGAUUGUCUUGUUGAAUCUGCUAAUAGCCAUGAUGUCCAAUUCCUAUGCCAUGAUUGAUGAACAUUCCGAUACUGAAUGGAAAUUUGCACGUACCAAACUCUGGAUGAGCUAUUUCGAAGACAGCCCCACGUUGCCGCCACCCUUCAACAUUCUGCCCUCCGUAAAGUGGCUCAUUAGGCUAUUUAGGAAAUCAAGCAAAGAGAUUGAUCGCAAACGGAGCAAGAAACGUCACGCCAAGGAACAGGAUAAUGCCUAUGAGAAUAUUAUGCGCUCAUUGGUAUGGCGCUACAUAGCCGCCCAACAUCGCAAGUUUGAGGAUAAUCCCGUUACUGAGGAUGACAUCAACGAGGUGAAGAGUGAAAUUUCGACAAUGCGUUAUGAAAUGUUGGAUAUCUUCGAGAGCAGUGGCAUGGAUGUGACAUCGGCGGCCAAGAAGGAGAAACCCUGUCGUGCCAAGAAGACCAAAGUUUGGGAACGUCGUCUCAUGAAGGGCUUCCAAUUGGGUCCUGUCGAAAAUGUCAACGAUGAAAAAUCCCCCAAUAAUAGCAAUGUCAACGGCGCAGGGGAUAUGAAUGAAAUUAAAAUCGAAAAGGAAGCAUCUCGACCAGCGCAGGAAACUCCCAAGCAGAGAUUCCAACGUGUUGCCAGGCAGGUGGCUGCUCAGUCGACUGCCCACAAAUGGACAGUGGUGAUACAAGGGACGCUAAAGAAUUCACAAAUUGGUCGAUCGAACCAAGAGUCGGCUAAGAAUUUGCAGCAGUUGAACAAGGCCAUAGAGGAGGCAAGGAAAUUAAUUUUACACACCCCUGGCCACGUUUCGGGACGUGACUCACCCAUUGGCGUUGAAUUCGAGGAUGAAAAAGCCGAAACCCUUUUGGAAUUGUUAAAUCAAAUUAGCGAAGAACUAUCAACCAAAUCCAGCUCCACCACCAACCGUUCGAAUGUUGAAGAUGUCAAAAAGAGAUUCCUGCAAUAUCAAAAAACUCCACCCGGCAGCGAGGCCAAAUCCAUAUUGAAAGAUCCACAGCCUCGUACCAAAUCACCUUCCACGAAAACUGUUACCACACGAUCUCAAACAGCACCUGAAAUACAAAUAAAUAAGCAUUUGGCGCCCAACAAGGGGCCGGUGAGUCAUAAAUCCCGGAAACCUGAGGCAGCUACCGAUCCAAAAUCUAAGAAAAUUGAGGAAUUGACAUUAUCAGCUGGGAAAUUGUCAUCAAUAAAGAAACCAGCUCCAUCGGCUCCAGGUGCUGCCAAAGCCCCGGAAGCGUCUAGCAGAACCCCUUUCUCGGUGGAGUUAAAUAAGCCAGGACGCCGUCAUGGCUAUGACAAUAAGACGUUGGUUUCCACAGCCAAUAUGGAUUUCAAUGUUGUGGAUUUGGAUGAUUACGAUAACGGGAUGAUGGAUGAUAUAUCACAGUUUAGUGGUGAUUAUCCUUAG